UGUGGAAACAUGCAGGGAAGCGCAUGAUCCUGGGGAAGACGUGUUCCAGGUCGAGGGACAAGGUAUCCACUAUUCGCCCAUCGGAGUCACCAAACUCCACCUGCAAAAUUACCUCGGCGUCAAGGGAUUCCUCCUCUCGGCCAGCACUGCUCCUGAUCAUCUCCUAGCGUGCAGAUUGUAUAUAUGAUAUCUAGUCCUCGAUCUGGUAUACCACCCAAUCAAUCGAUUUUACCGUGCAUUCUCGUUGAUCAGGCUCCCUGCCAAGCUGAGCUCCAGUCAAAUUUCGUUGAUCCGUUCGUUUGUUCGUGGAUAUAUCCAUUUGAACUCUGAAUCGGGAAGCAGCGGCGGCGGCUGAUCCAUGGAUCGCAACGACCGUGUGUACGAGGACUUCCUACCUCCGCACAGCAUGGUCCGUGAGCCGGCGGCGCACACCCUCUCCGUCGACCUCUGCGCCGGAGGGUACAAGAAGGAGCACAUCAGGGUGCAGGUGGUCCGCAGCCACAGGCGGUUGAUCGUGCGCGGGGAGCGCCCCGUCGCAGGCAACCGCUGGAGUCGCUUCUGCCACGAGGUCCGGCUCCCCAACGGCUGCGACACCAAGGGCAUCCAAGCGCGGUUCGAGAACGGCGUCGUCCGCGUCACCAUUCCUCGCCUGGCGCCGGUACCGGUCGCGGUCAACGCCGGCGCCCAGCAGGAGCCGACGGCCGCUGCCGUUGCCUCCGGCGUUGAAGACUGGAAAGACGGAGCGGCGCAGCAAGACGGCGAUCGUGCUGCACGUGCUGGAGGAGGGGAGGAAAAGGAGGAGACGGUGCAGAGGCAAGACGCGGGGCAGCGCGCGAGCUACACGAAAGAUGGCGGCCGCGAGAGCGCCGGCGUCGGAGGAGAGGUCACGGCUGCCUCGCCGUCGCACCGUGGCUACGGCUUCGUCCAGGACCGGAGGCAGAUGGCCACCACCAUGCUCGGCGUGGUGCUCGUCUUGAUCAGCCUUGGCAUCUACGUUAAGUACAGCCUCUGGCCAUGAACUGAGCAUGCAUGGCAUGUAAAAGUAUCAGAUAUAUUUUGUAGAAGCGUUGUCACCUCAUCUCGAGGCCGCGUAUGUUUAUUAAUAGAGCCAGCUAAAUCACCGGAAGAUUACAAGGAAUCAUGUAAGCCAUGCGUAACUGGUUGUU